CCGAAAAGUGAAUUUUGAUGAAUACAAAAGGGGGGUUUGGGUUGGGGGUGUAGAAUCUACGUUGGGUUGAUGAAAAAUGAAAAUCCGAGUAAGGUCUAAGCGCGUUUGACCUCGUAUAAACAUCUCUUCUUCAACCCAACUAUAAUCAAUUAAACUUUAUAUUCAUAUUGAUGCCAUCCAUCUAAAUUAAACUCAACAUCAGAAAAUAAGUUGAAUCAAUGGGUGACAUAGUGAAACAAAUAUUAGCAAAACCGAUCCAACUAGCAGACCAAGUAACUAAAGCAGCAGACGAAGCAAGUUCAUUCAAACAAGAAUGCUCCGAACUCAAAUCCAAAACGGACAAACUCUCCGCUCUUCUCCGUCAAGCAGCAAGAGCAAGCUCCGAUCUCUAUGAACGUCCAACUAAACGAAUCAUUGAAGAAACCGAACAGGUACUCGACAAAGCACUUUCCUUAGUCCUAAAAUGUCGCGCUAACGGUCUCAUGAAGCGUGUCUUCACAAUCAUCCCCGCCGCUGCUUUCCGUAAAACAUCCUCCCAUCUCGAAAAUUCUAUCGGCGACGUUUCUUGGCUCCUCCGUGUCUCCGCCUCCGCCGACGAUCGCGGUGGCGAGUAUCUCGGACUUCCUCCAAUCGCAGCCAACGAACCUAUCCUGUGUUUCAUUUGGGAACAGAUCGCUAUACUUUACACUGGCUCACAAGAAGAUCGGUCCGAUGCCGCGGCUUCGCUCGUGUCACUCGCACGUGGGAGUGACCGUUACGGGAAGCUUAUAAUUGAAGAAGGUGGUGUGGGUCCACUUUUGAAGCUUAUUAAAGAAGGGAAAGUGGAUGGUCAAGAGAAUGCUGCUAGAGCUAUUGGGCUUUUGGGCCGUGAUCCUGAGAGCGUUGAACAUAUGAUUCAUGUUGGUGUUUGUUCUGUUUUUGGUAAGAUUCUUAAAGAAGGUCCUAUGAAAGUUCAAGGUGUUGUUGCUUGGGCUGUUUCUGAACUUGCUGCUAAUUAUCCUAAAUGUCAGGACCUUUUUGCUCAGAAUAAUAUUAUUAGGUUGCUUGUUGGUCAUCUUGCUUUUGAAACUGUUGAAGAACAUAGUAAGUAUGCUAUUGUUAGCAUCAAACCCACUUCAAUCCAUGCUGUUGUCAUGGCUAAUAAUUCUAAUUCAAAUACUACCAAGAAGGGAAAUGAAAAUGAAGAUGGCAGCAGCGGGGGUGGUGGUGGAGGAGGAGGAAAUAAACAAGGUCGGUUACCGCAACAUCCAUUAGGCGAAAGACCGAGAAAUUUGCAUAGAGUGAUUACAAGUACUAUGGCAAUUCAUGCUGCUACUAAGCAACCUACUCAAGGAAAUGAAGUAAAUCAAAAUCAGAACUCUUUGUCCAAUUCCAAUACUCCCAAUGGCAAUGGUGGUAAUGAUGGUGGUAAACAAGGAAAUAAUCACCAGCGAAAUUAUUCGCAUUCGGCAAUUAACAUGAAGGGAAGGGAAUGUGAAGAUCCUGAGAUUAAGGCAAGCAUGAAGGAAAUGGCAGCAAGGGCUCUUUGGCAUUUGGCUAAGGGUAAUGUGCCGAUUUGUCGGAGCAUUACGGAAUCGAGGGCUUUGUUGUGUUUUGCUGUUUUACUUGAGAAAGGACCGGAGGCUGUGCAGUAUAAUUCUGCUAUGGCGUUGAUGGAGAUUACUGCAGUGGCUGAGAAAGAUGCUGAAUUGAGGAAAUCUGCAUUUAAGCCUAAUUCUCCUGCCUGCAAAGCAGUUGUUGAUCAAGUGCUUAAGAUAAUUGAGAAAGCAGAUUCGGAUCUAUUGAUUCCUUGUGUCAGGGUGAUUGGGAAUUUGGCAAGGACGUUCAAGGCUACUGAGACGAGGAUGAUUGGCCCCUUGGUGAAACUUCUUGAUGAAAGAGAGGCAGAGGUUUCUAGGGAGGCAUCGAUAGCUCUCACCAAAUUUGCCUGCAGUGAAAACUACCUUCAUGUUGAUCAUUCCAAGGCAAUCAUAAGUGCAGGAGGGGCGAAACUCUUGAUUCAGCUUGUGUAUUUUGGAGAACAAAUGGUUCAGGUUCCAGCAUUGGUUCUGCUCUCGUACAUUGCGUUGCACGUGCCGGAUAGUGAAGAACUUGCUCUGGCUGAGGUGCUUGGAGUGCUUGAAUGGGCGUCCAAGCAAUCAUUCAUGCAACAUGAUGAAACCCUUGAGGCAUUGUUGCAAGAAGCCAAGAGUAGUUUGGAGCUUUAUCAGUCUAGAGGUUCAAGAGGAUUCCAUCAUAAAUUGCAUCAGUAGGAAGAAGAGUAGUACAUUGUCAUCAUCAUUGUAAAUGUAAAAGGUUUUUCUGUCUUUCAUGAUUCUUAUGUGUUGUAUCAUUCUUCUUGAGUGUGUAUACACAAUCAAUUUAUUUCUUCAUAUGUCCAGAUUCAUUUUCAAACUGUCUUUGGAAUUGGUUUCCUAAUCCAAAUGUUGCAAAAUCCUCCUUUGCUUUUCAA